ACAGGAUCAUUGUCAUCCUUUGAUACAAACUGGGGGAUUAGAAGACUCUUAAACACCUGUAGAGUUCAUGGGACAAGUGCAUCCGCUCUUUUCAUUCCCAGACUGGCUUCAUUGGAAAUACUACAACCAUGGGCUUCCCUCUAUGCCUAUGUCUUCUCUCUUUGAUUUUCACAACUCCUUGUGGUUCAGGUUUUAGUGACGACUCAACACUUAAUGAAAACUCUUAUCAGGAAAAGUGGAUGGAGUCUAUACCUGAUGACAAACUCCUUUCAGCUGUUACUAUCCCCGGAACUCAUGAGAGCCUAACUCUGUACGGUGGACCACUUAUACAGUGUCAGGCUUGGACCUUGGAGAACCAGCUGAAAGCAGGAUUGCGGUACUUUGAUAUACGUGUAGAGGCCAGUAUGUUCCACAACAUCCUUGAUGUCAUGGAUGGGCAUUUAGUACACACCAAGUUCCAUGAGGUGCUGAACAUUCUAUGGGAGUUCUUGGACAAACAUGGAAGUGAGUCUGUGCUUUUGAGAGUGACACUGCAAGGAAUAAGCAUGAAAAAAGCUGGAAAAUGUAUCACAACAUUGAUUGAGAAUUCUGGAGAUAGAAUAUGGACAAAGACAUUUGUCCCCAAAAUGCAAGAAGCAAGGGGGAAGAUCGUCUUCGUGCAGAGUACCAAUUUCAAUGUUGGAACACUUAACCAUGACACUUUUGUCACAGGCGACGACACAUUCAAAGACAUUGAAAACAAGAUGAAGAAGAUCACAAAACACCUUAAAGAAGCUGAAGAGAAUUGUGGUCAUGCAUUGGCACUGACCGAUUCCUCCGCCACAGCCAUUUUCAAAGGCCCUAAAACUGUGGCCACAAUGGUUAAUGGUCAGCUCAAUAAGCUCAUAGUUGAACUACAGACAGGCUCUAACAAACCAGAUUGCUUGGGAGUAAUCAGCAUGGACUUCCCCAGUCCAGACCUCAUCCAUAACAUCAUUGAGGUCAAUGGAAAACCAGGGAGUGGUUCAUCUGAGCACUCAGAAGAGCCUGAAUCAGUAGAGCCUGCACCAGCAGAGCCUGAACAUAUAGGUUUUAGUGACGACUCAACACUUAAUGAAAACUCUUAUCAGGAAAAGUGGAUGGAGUCUAUACCUGAUGACAAACUCCUUUCAGCUGUUACUAUCCCCGGAACUCAUGAGAGCCUAACUCUGUACGGUGGACCACUUAUACAGUGUCAGGCUUGGACCUUGGAGAACCAGCUGAAAGCAGGAUUGCGGUACUUUGAUAUACGUGUAGAGGCCAGUAUGUUCCACAACAUCCUUGAUGUCAUGGAUGGGCAUUUAGUACACACCAAGUUCCAUGAGGUGCUGAACAUUCUAUGGGAGUUCUUGGACAAACAUGGAAGUGAGUCUGUGCUUUUGAGAGUGACACUGCAAGGAAUAAGCAUGAAAAAAGCUGGAAAAUGUAUCAAAACAUUGAUUGAGAAUUCUGAAGAUAGAAUAUGGACAAAGACAUUUGUCCCUAAAAUGCAAGAAGCAAAGGGGAAGAUCAUCUUCGUGCAGAGUACCAAUUUCAAUGUUGGAACACUUAACCAUGACACUUUUGUCACAGGCGACGACACAUUCAAAGACAUUGAAAACAAGAUGAAGAAGAUCACAAAACAUCUGAAAGAAGCUGAAGAGAAUUGUGGUCAUGCAUUGGCACUGACCGAUUCCUCCGCCACAGCCAUUUUCAAAGGCCCUAAAACUGUGGCCAAAGUGGUUAAUGGUCAGCUCAAUAAGCUCAUAGUUGAACUACAGACAGGCUCUAACAAACCAGACUGCUUGGGGGUAAUCAGCAUGGACUUCCCCAGUCCAGACCUCAUCCAUAACAUCAUUGAGAUAAACAGAAAUCCAGGAAGUGGUUCAUCUGAACAACCAGAACAGCCUGAACCAUUAGAGCGGGAACCUGCAAAGCCUCAGCCAGCCGAAGAGCCUGAACUAGUACAGCCUGAACCGGCACAGUCUGAAACAGCAGGGCCUGGACCAGUAGAGCCCGAGCCAGCGGAGCCUGAACCAGCGGAGCCUGAACCAGCAGAAACUCAGCCAGUAGAAGAGCCUGAACCAGCAGAGCCUGAACCAGUAGAGUCAGGGCCGGCAGAGGCUGAACCAGCAGAACCUGAACCAGCAGAGCCUCAGCCAGCAGAAGAGCCUGAACCAGCAGAGCCUGAACCAGCAGAGCCUGAACCAGCAGAGCCAGAACCAGCAGAGCCAGAGCCAGCAGAGGCUGAACCAGCAGAGGUUCAGCCAUUAGAAGAGCCUGAACCAGCAGAGCCUGAACCAGCAGAGCCAGAGCCAGCAGAGGCUGAACCAGCCAAGCCUGAACCAGCAGAAUCUGAGCCAGCAGGACCUGAGCCAGUAGAGCCUGAACCAGUAGAACCAGAACCAGUAGAGCCUGAACCCACACAGCCUGAACCAGUAGAGCUAGAGCCUGAACCAGUAGAGCCAGCAGAGCCUGAACCAGUAGAUCCUGAACCAGUAGAGCCAGCAGAGGCUGAACCAGCAGAGCCUGAACCAGUAGAUCCUGAACCAGUAGAGGCUGAACCAGCAGAGCCCCAACUUGCAGAAGAACCAGCAGAAGAGCCUGAACCAGCAGAGCCUGAACCAGUUGAGCCAGACCCAGCAGAGACUGAGCCAGCAGAGCCUGAACCAGCAGAGCCAGAGCCAGAUCCAGUAGAGCCAGCAGAGCCUGAACCAGUAGAUACUGAACCAGUAGAGCCAGCAGAGGCUGAACCAGCAGAGCCUGAACCAGUAGAUCCUGAACCAGUAGAGGCUGAACCAGCAGAGCCCCAACUUGCAGAAGAACCAGCAGAAGAGCCUGAACCAGCAGAGCCUGAACCAGUUGAGCCAGACCCAGCAGAGACUGAGCCAGCAGAGCCUGAACCAGCAGAGCCAGAGCCAGAACCAGUAGACACUGAACCAGCAGAGGCCGAACCAGUAGAGGCUUAACCAGCAGAACCCGAAACAGCAGAACCUGGGCCUGAACCCCCAGGGUAGCCCAAAGCCUUACUGGAAUAACCAAGGAAGAAGAGAUGCAAUGAGAAACAUUGAAGAGAUUAAAAAACACAAUUAUUGUCCAAUUAACCUUAGUAAAGAAGAAUCCCAUCUAAAACCUUACAACAAUAAAUACAAAAUCAAAUGCUCCCUUCAAACAGUAAAACAAUUCUCUACUAUGUGGUAUUUUGUAUAUCAACUGCAUGUUUAACUAGGAAAGACCAACUGUUCCAUGUUGCAGUUGAAAUAUGCAAAUCUGAUAGUUACUUUAAAAUUAACCCAUCUGUGCUGAGAUCUGUCUGAGGGUAGUUUUUUCCCAUCAAUACGUUUAAUAAAAUAGCACAGGGCCUUUCAGAAACCAGUAUCUAAACCCACAGUGACACCUACAGGUUACAAUGCAUAUUACUACUUGUUUUGAUGGUGAUUCAUCUGGACAUGUAAAUGAUUUCAAGUCUCUAAGGGGAUCACUUACACCCUCUUAUGUAUGUAACAUUUCCAUUUAAAAUGUUUUCUAAAAAAAUCUCUCUAUUGUGUAUGUAGAAGAGCUGCUUCAAAUAAUAUAUCUAAAACAACGUAUAAUGUCAACAUAAAUAGUUAGAUACAAAGGCUGCGUUUACAUACAGUGGGGCAAAAAAGUAUUUAGUCAGCCACCAAUUGUGCAAGUUUUCCCAAUUAAAAAGAUGAGAGAGGCCUGUAAUUGUCAUCAUAGGUACACUUCA